GAGCACUCUGCAACUUGAUAUUUCCAAUCUUCUUCGGACUUUGAUUGUCGCUCUCCUCAGAAAGUCGAUGCUAAUGAUGUCCAGUGAACCAGGCCAGUCUGGCCACAGACGAGACCUCCAAGAAGAAUGUGAAGUAUUCCUCUUGGACGAUGAAAACAUGCAAUCGCCCGCCAAAAGAAGCAGAACUUCAUUCAAAAACCUCCGUUUUCCUUUUUUCUGGGUUGGCUGUCUACUUCUUGGGCUGUCGACUUGGCUCCACUUCAACCCAGCAGGACCAUCGGACUUGGCCUGUGCUAGAAAGCUCAACGUUUUGUCACCCGUUCAAGAUGUUUUAGAAUUUGAAGAUGUCCAGUUCGACAAUGCCUUCUGGAAGCCCAGCCCUUACAAGGGAAGGCCAACUCCGGAACUUGAAGCCAGAUGGAAGGAUCUGUGGUACUACGGAUCAUUUGACUUAUCAGAUGAAUACUUGCCGGCCUUGAACAAGACACCGCAUGGUGUCGAUGGUGACUCCUGGGCACGCACAAAGCCAGGCUAUCUCUUAGCUGGCCUUGAAGUUUUCCACAACCUCCAUUGCUUGAACCUCGUACGUCAGUUUGUGCACAGAACCGACUUCGAUUAUAGCGAUGACCCGGCAUUUCACGGUGGAGAGGAUCUUGUGCUCGCCCAUGUUGAUCAUUGCAUUGAGGCAUUGCGUAUACGGCUACAAUGCUCGGCCGAUGUUACCCCGUUCUUACACACGAAUGGCUCUCGAGGCAUCCAGCCAGACUUCAACUCCCAGCAUAGGUGCCCUAAAUAUAAUCGCAUUGUUGACUGGGCGAAAGAACGGCAGAUCAUGGUGGAUACUCCGAAGCACGAAUAGUCAAUACAUGUGGUGCUACUCUUUUGUGCUUUGAAGGUAGCAACGAAUGGCCAAUCUAUAAUUCUAGUCACCCUCUUUGGAGCGGAUGAUAAGUUGAUUGAAACGAACUUUUGUGACACGAGUAAAGUAUGGUAACGAUGUUGGACGGAAUCGUUGAGCCUUCGGCAAAGCUUACGAAUUUGGUCAAGGCGCUCAGGUGGUUUCUCUUAUGCGCCCAGGCCCUAUGGAAUUUGUGGCAUGAUGCAAAGUAAGGUUAUUGAAGACAGUAUAUGGG